UUGUAUUUCAGGUGUUGCGCUCAACACGAUGCUUGCUAUGAUUGUGCAGUGAGAGAGCAUGAGUGCGGGUCUUUCGAUGAAUACUUUUAUCGAUACGAUUGGAAUUGUGCUAACCCGAAUCAAGCAAUGUGCCAGUGGGUGAUUUGCGAGUGCGAUAAGCAACUUGUGGAAUGCUGGAAGCAGUAUCCAUUCCCGACAGAAGCGAAGCCAUGUGUGAACGUAACAUCUCAACCAAUCAGUUCAGCUAAUAAUGUUCAUCGAACAGGCUUAUGA